UCCCGCCAAAACCGAUAAUCUAAUUCAUUACUUCCAUUUUCUGGGAUUCAACUCUAGACCUUAAACCCUUUCAACUACUAAUCGGCUCGCAUUAGAAGAGAGAUAGAGAGAGAAAAUUUGGCAAAACAAUGGACUAUGGAGCUCUAUUCGUUGAUGAAACUGCUGCUCCCGUCGAAAAUGCUUUUCUGGAGUUCUUGAAAAGUUUCCGUGUGGAUUUGAACUCGCGACAUCCAUAUUAUGUAUCUGAAAUUGAAACAAUGGAGGAAAUUGAAUCAACAACUAUGUUUAUCGAUUUCUCUCAUGUUAUGCGAUUUGAUGAUACUCUUCAGAAGGCGAUUUCCGAUGAAUAUUUGAGAUUUGAGCCGUAUCUAAAAAAUGCUUGUAAGAGGUUCGUGAUGGAGCGGAAGCCUACUUUUAUUGCCGAAGAUAACCCGAAUAAGGACAUCAAUAUUGCUUUCUAUAAUAUUCCUCUUGUCAAGCGAUUGAGAGAGUUAACCACUGCUGAAAUUGGUAGAUUAGUAUCUGUAACUGGAGUAGUUACUCGAACCAGUGAGGUUAGACCUGAGCUACUUCAAGGUACUUUCAAGUGCUUGGAUUGUGGUACUCUUGUUAAGAAUGUUGAACAGCAAUUUAAAUAUUCUGAGCCAACGAUUUGUAUCAAUGCAACCUGUGCAAAUAGAACAAAAUGGGCGUUGCUUAGACAAGAAAGUAAAUUUACUGAUUGGCAAAGGGUAAGAAUGCAGGAAACCUCCAAAGAAAUUCCUGCAGGCUCUCUUCCUAGAUCACUUGACAUCAUUCUGCGCCAUGAGAUUGUUGAGCAGGCUAGAGCUGGAGACACGGUCAUAUUCACUGGAACUGUGGUCGUCAUACCUGAUAUAAUGGCAUUGACUUCUCCUGGGGAGAGAGCAGAAUGUCGUCGAAAUUCUACUUCACAACCUAAGGGUAAUGCAUCAGGGAAUGAAGGGGUUAGGGGUUUAAAAUCAUUGGGUGUAAGAGACCUCAAUUACCGUCUUGCUUUUAUUGCUAAUUCUGUCCAGAUUGCUGAUGGUAGAAGAGAUAUUGACAUCAGAAAUCGGAAGAAGGAUUCUGAAGAGGAUGACAGCCAGCAGUUCACGGCAGAGGAGCUCAACGAAAUCCAAAGAAUGAGAAACACUCCUGAUUUUUUCAAUAGGCUUGUAGAUAGUAUUGCUCCAACUGUAUUUGGCCACCAAGAUAUCAAGCGAGCGAUUAUUCUAAUGCUAUUAGGUGGUGUUCACAAGACUACUGAAGAAGGCAUCAACUUAAGAGGGGAUAUCAAUGUUUGCAUUGUAGGGGACCCCAGCUGUGCAAAGUCUCAGUUUCUCAAGUAUACUUCUGGUCUUGUCCCUAGAUCUGUAUACACAUCAGGGAAAUCAUCCUCUGCUGCUGGUUUAACUGCUACUGUGGCUAAAGAACCAGAAACUGGAGAAUUCUGUAUUGAGGCUGGAGCUCUAAUGUUAGCUGAUAAUGGUAUCUGUUGCAUUGAUGAAUUUGACAAAAUGGAUGUCCGAGAUCAGGUUGCUAUUCAUGAAGCCAUGGAGCAGCAGACAAUAAGUAUAACCAAAGCAGGAAUACAGGCAACACUAAAUGCUAGGACUUCUAUUUUAGCCGCCGCCAAUCCUACCGGGGGUCGCUAUGACAAAACAAAACCACUAAAGUAUAAUGUGGCUUUACCUCCAGCAAUCCUCUCGAGAUUUGAUUUGGUAUAUGUUAUGAUAGACGAUCCAGAUGAUCAAAUUGAUUACCACAUUGCUCACCAUAUUGUUAGGGUGCACCAAAGGUGUGAAGAUGCAUUGUCACCUCCAUUUACUACUGCCCAGCUAAAACGUUAUAUUGCCUAUGCAAAAACUUUGAAACCAAAGCUAAGUUCGGAAGCUAGGCAAUUGUUAGUUGACUCGUAUGUCACCCUUCGAAGAGGUGAUGCUGCUCCAGGUAGUAGAGUUGCUUACAGGAUGACUGUUCGGCAGCUGGAGGCAUUGAUCCGACUAUCAGAAGCCAUUGCACGAAGUCACUUGGAAAUUGAGGUACUACCUCGCCAUGUUGCUGUCGCAGUGCGGCUGCUGAAGACAUCAGUUAUCAGCGUGGAAUCCAGUGAAAUUGAUCUGUCUGAGUUUAACGAAGAUGUUAAUGAUGCCGAAGCUGGUGGAGAUGGUCAGCCUGGUCUUGCUGAAAGUAAACAAGCUUCAGCUGAUACAGGAAAGGAUGGUGGUCCUAAAGCUCAGGAACAGAAUUUGGUGGUCACAGAUGAACAUUUUAACAAAGUAACACAAGCACUUGUUAUUCGGCUAAGACAACUUGAAGAGACUGCCGAGCAAGAAGGGAAAGGCCUUCUUGGAACAAGACAGAAGGAAUUAAUACAGUGGUAUGUUGCACAACAAAAUGAGAAAAACAGCUACAGUUCUAUGGAGGAUGCUCGAAACGAUGUCAAAAUUGUCAGAGCUAUUAUUCAGAAAUUGAUUAAAGAAGGAAAUCUAAUCGUAGUGGAUGACGGUAGGCAAGCAGCCACGGGUGUUGUAGGUGAAGAACAACCAACACAACCACCAGUAUCGAAAGAUGAUAGGAUAUUGGCUGUUGCUCCAAAUUAUGUUAUAGACUGAUUUGUUAAUGUGCAUAAGAAAUUUACACUACUGCGCUGAUUCCAGGUAAAGGGUUUACACUUUACAGCAGUUAGUAGUAAUGAUAAAAUAUGCUGGGCAUUUGGCAAAAGAUAUGAUCAGCUAUGUAAAAUGUAUAGCUUAACCUGUAUUUUAGAGCUAUGUAGUAUGUAAGUAUAAAUUAGUAACUAUACUUGUUUCCUCACCAGUUGUCUCCUGGAAUUGUUUUUUUUUCUUCUGAUUAUUAAAUUUGAAGUAGCUAGCUUUUCUUCUUUUCUUUUACUCAGUUUUGCUAAAAUUUGUAUUUGAUACAAAGUUGUAAAAUUAAUAUUUAGUCUCUUAUGUGA